AUGAUUAGUACAAUCAUAUGGAAUGCAAGAGGCAUCAGGACCUCUGGAGCCAUUGAAAGGCUCAAACUCCUGAAACAAAUACAUAACCUCUCUUUCAUAGUUGUCCUUGAACCUUUCCUAGACAAUUCUCACCUCAAUUCCAUUAAAAUCCAACUUUCAAUACAUCAAGCUUCUGCUAAUGUUAAUGAUAAGAUCUGGGUGUUUUGGGAUAAGGAAUUCAAUGCCAAGGUUUUAGAUCAUGAUGAACAACAAUUGUCAUUAGAGAUGAAGCAUGUUGAAAAUGGCAAUCUAUUCCACCUAACAGUCAUCUACGCAAAGUGUAAGCCAAUUCUCAGAAGACCAUUGUGGGAAGUCCUUAGACACAAAUCAACUACCUGCAAUGUGCCAUGGUGUGUCAUUAGAGAUUUCAAUGUCAUUGCCUCUGUAGAAGAAAAGAUUGGUGGCAUUCCAUACCAAAUGUCCAAAAGCCUUGACUUUCUGAGCAUGAUGGAGGACUGUGGACUUAUGGAUCUGGGAUUCUAUGGGUCUAAAGUCACAUGGUCUAAUGAAAGGGGGCAAUGUGCUAUUGUAUGGAAAAGUUUGGACAGGGGAUUAGCCAAUGAUUUAUGGUUAGAAGAUUUUCCUGCUGCCACAAUUACUCAUUUAGCUUCAGCAAGAUCUGAUCACAACCCCCUGCUAUUGGAACUUCAUACAAGACAAGAUAAUGGCAAAAAGUACUUCAAAUUUCUCAAAUGUUGGGUGGAUAACAAAAGUUUUCUACCACUGGUUUCAGAAAUAUGGAACAGAGAAGUCAGAGGUAAUCCUAUGUGGGUGUUUCACCAGAAGUUGAAAGCUCUGAGCCAUGCCCUAAGCCCUAGGUCCAGACAACAAUAUGGGGAUAUCUUCCAAAAAACCAAAGAAUAUGAACAAAAAGUGAAGGAUGCAGAGCUGAUCUGGGCCCAAACAAACAAUGAUGCUGACAGAAUAUCUCUCAAUGAGCUUAAGGCUCAGUAUGUUAGACAUCUGAAGGUUGAGCAAGAUGUUCUGAAACAGAAAACACAACUGCAAUGGUUUAAAGAAGGGGAUGCCAAUUAA